CGCGUCGCCUCGUUCUCAUCACAGUCAGCCAGAGAUUCUCCGCCGUCAUGAACACCUUGGUCGUUGUUGCUGCCCUGGCGGCCUUCUGCUUGGUUGCUGGAAGUGCUGAGCCUGAGGCUGAACCCGGAUAUGGUGGCUACAGAGGCCAUGGUAGCUACACACGCCAUGGUAGCUAUGUUCCUUACACUGGGGGCUAUCAUGGAGGCUCCAAUAAACAUUACAUCGGUAAAAGGAGUGCUGAGGCUCUGGCUGACCCUGAACCCGGAUAUAAACACGCAGGCCAUGGUCACUACCUAGAGUUUGGUCGCUCUGGCUCCUACACAGGGGGCUAUCGUGGACGCUAUCGUGGAGCUUACCACUGAGGCUACCGUCGUGACAGGAGUCCUGAGCCUACCGCAGCGGCUCUUCCUGACCCUAAAGCCAACCCCAGCCAUAGUAGCUACUGUUAUAUAUAUGUAUGUUUAUAUGCUGCCUUUAUUGAAUGUAUAUAUUAUAUAUUAUGUUACUUCUUACGAAAUGUGUUAGGCACGUAGUAACGAAGAACAGAGAAUAAACAGCCAGCCAGACAUACCAUGUGACUCUUCAUUCUCCCAUAAAUAACCCAAGAUACUACAGCUACGAAUACUAUGGUGGCUAUAGACGGUGAGCUGCUAUUGAGGUUCUUCCUUCACUUUGGUUACUGACUAUGGACUAGGGUGAUUUAAAAUUGUAAAUAAACAUAUGAAAUAUAA